AUGAUCCAGGGCGCCAUGGAGACCAGUGGACCCCUCUGGGGCUGGGAUGGCAACAGCGAGGAUGACUGGGAUGGUGCUGUGCUUGCCCUGCUGGCUCUGGCUGUGGUGGCUGCCACAGCACUGGCUCUACACUGGUUUGGUUCCGGACAUGACCAGGAUGUGUUGAGACCAGAGUCGAUGGCCCCCAGGGUCCAGCCUGCUCAGAUGGGAACAGCUAGGCCAAGCCUGCAGGCCCAGUUCAAGUUCAGUGACUUGGAAGGACAGGGCGCCGGGCAAGGGAAGCCAGACUCCCCAGGAAGAGGCCAGGAGGCCCCUGCUCCUGCUGGAGCCCACGAUCAGGGGUCCCCGCAUGGUGGAUGUCUGACCCUGCUUCCCCUCAAGACACCCAGCCAGGUGGCCGGCAGAGGGACCGUGGGACAGCAGCGUGACAGCACCUCAAGAGCCCCGCGGGGGGACAAGAGCCAGCCUCUGAAGCCAGAAGGUGACCUCCUGAGUACGACCCCCACGCCCCUCCUGAUCCACUUCACCCCUCGCAGUCCUAGCUGUGAAGCGGAGCUAAGGGUGGAUGCUGGCGGCAGGGGUGCACGCAGCAGAGGCUGGAGUGGCCGGCGGCGGCGCGCGGAUGCGGGCCCGCGGGCUGGACGCGGCCACGCCAGCAGGCCAGACCCUCUGCGCCUGGGCGCCGCAGCCAGUGUGUGGGACGCGGUGGACGCGGCUGCCGCCUCCAGGGAAACCCUAGGACUCGAGGAGGGCUGGCCCCGGGUGAACCCUGGCCGGGGCCCAGGUCCGGGGGCUGAGCGGGCCGAGGCGUCAGGGAAGCCCUGGACUGAGAUGCCGGGAGAUCUCAGCGUCCGGGAGGGAACCGGGUCCUUGAAAAGCGAGAACAGCAAGCAGGCGGCCCAAGGAGCCAGUGUCAGCAGCAACCUCACCUCCAGCCGCAGCCUCCCCACCAGCCCCAGCCACAACUCUAACCCCAGCUCCAGUCUCAGCCUCAGCCCCAGCUCCAGCUCCAGCCCCAGCUUCAACUCCAGUCUUCCCCACAACUCCAGCCUCCCCCACAGUCCCAGCCCCAGCCACAUCUUCAGCUCCAGUGGCAGCCUCCCAGCCAGCCCCAGUCCCAGCUCCAGCCCUAGCUCUAAUUCCAGCCUCAAACUCAGCUGCAGCCCCAGCCUCACCUCUAGCUCCAGUCCCAACCUUGACCAUAACUUCGGCUCCAGUCCCAAAGUGGGUGUCUCCAAGGGCUAUCAGGAAGGACAGAUUUUAACAAGCUGGGGAAACCUUAUUGCCAUGGUUCUUAGAAGUCACCCCUUGUCCAGGCCAGAGAGGCCCCAAAGGAGUGCUCCAGGAGCAGCUCCACUAAACCAUUCAGACCCUAGCACUUGCACAUAUUCUAAGAACAGGCACAGCCCUUCUCUGGGGACAAUCUCACAGGGAGGUACAGGGGGCCUGGCUGAGGCUGGAUGUCAGCCACAGCCAGUGAGCUUCAGGUCCAAUGAGGCUACCAUUGCAGGCCCAUGUUCAGGCCCAGGAGGUGAUGGAAGCAAAGAGAAACAUGUGAACCUGCGAGCCCAAGAUGCCCCGCCAGGGGACCUCUCACUGCCUGCAGUACAGGGCCAGUCUGGCCCCAAGCAGUCCACUCCUGUGAGGCAAGACUCCCAGCCUGUACCCAGACCCAGGAAACAUAGCAUGUGUGAGAUAGCACAGAGCUCAGAGAAGGUGAUCAGCCAGGCAGCCUUCGGGCAGCACCAGGGGCAGGGGCCAGGGGAUGGAGCAGGCUCAGCUGGCAGCAGAGGAAUCCUCACAGAAAAGCAGAAGGAAGCUCAGAAACUUAUGGCUUUUCUGCAGAGGCCUGGAAGCUGGGGGGUGGUGGAAGGGCUCCCCCGGAAUCCCCGCUCUCCAGCCUUGGAGUCUCCUGCAGCCGUGGCUCUGUGGCCCCAGCGGCUAGACCUGGACAGUUGUCUGGAGGUACUGGCCUUUGCCCAGCAGCAUGGGGCACUGGCCCUGGCCCAGGAGACCUAUGCCUUGAUGAGCAGCAAUCUGCUUCAUGUUCUGGGUGAUGCGCACCUCUACCGCCAGCUAAGUGGGGCUGAGCGAGAGCGAAUCCUGAGCCUACGCACUGGCCAGGGCCGGGCGGUGCUGGGCAUACUUGUGCUACCUAGCCUCUACCAGGUGGGCCGUGCAGGGCUGCUGAGGGGCUCUCAUGGAGAGGAGGCCCCUGUGACCCAGACGGUGUCCAUACCUGCUCGUACAUACCUGCAUGUGUUCGACCCCCGGGAGAACAUGUGGCGGCCCCUGACUCAGGUGCCUGAGGAAGCCCCACUCCGGGGCUGUGGCCUCUGCACCAUGUACAACUACCUGUUCCUGGCAGGUGGGAUCCGGGGCUCUGGUGCCAAGGCCAUCUGCUCCAAUGAGGUUUUCUGUUACAACCCUCUCACCAACAUCUGGAGCCAAGUCCGGCCCAUGCAGCAGGCCCGAGCCCAGCUCAAGCUGGUGGCUGUGGACGGGCUGCUUUAUGCUAUUGGAGGUGAGUGCCUGUACAGCAUGGAGUGCUACGACCCCCGUGCAGACUCCUGGACCUCACGGGCACCUCUUCCUGCCGGCACGUUCCCUGUGGCCCACGAGGCUGUGGCCUGCCGAGGGGACAUCUAUGUCACAGGAGGACACCUCUUCUACCGCCUGCUCAGAUACAGUCCUAGGAAGGACUCAUGGGAUGAGUGCCCCUACAGUGCCAGCCACCGGCGCUCCAGUGACAUGGUGGCCCUGGGGGGGUUCCUGUACCGCUUUGACCUGCUGCGGGGUGUGGGUGCAGCGGUGAUGCGCUACAACACAGUAACAGGCUCCUGGAGCCGUGCUGCUUCGCUGCCGCUGCCCAACCCUGCUCCACUGCGCUGUGCUGUGCUGGGCAACACCAUCUACUGCCUCAACCACCAGGUCACAGCCACCUUCACAGUCUCUGAGGGGACUGCUCAGUUCCAGGCCAAAGAACUACAGCCCUUUCCUCUGGGGGGUAAGGGAGUUCUGUAUCCCUUCACCCUGACUCUGCCUUCCGAGGCCUGGUUGCAGACCUCACUCUGA